UUUCGCUUUACUGAAGGAACAACGAUUCACGUCGAAUUGAUGUCAUGGACGUCUAUGGCUGUAGGGAUCCGAAAAGUAUUUGAUAUUUGGUAUUGGGUUUUUCGGAACUCUACUCUUUGCAUAUUCAUCAUGUCAUUUUGCGAGAAAUUGAAAUACCGCUAAUUAGUGCGCGCGCAAAAGACACUUCAGUGUGAACUACAAUAUCGAUGGGAAAGCGGUUGCCUUCUAACAUGUCAGCGCCAGCAGUCAGAAAGAGGUAGCGCUGAAUGGGAGCAAAAUCGUAAGCUUGAAUAAUAAUGGCUAUACAAUACCUUGGGUCGUUCCACGUCUUCGCCGUUGCUUGCCCGAAAGUCACACUUGAAACAAAAUUUUGUCUUCCCCAUCGCAUGAAAUUUCUCUAUUUCUAUCUUUCUUUACCAUGAAACCAAAUCCAACCAACGCUGAAGUUGCAAAACAGGCUAUGAGAGCAAAUCAAGCAGCUAUCCUUAAUGAAGAGAAAAGAAGAAAGACAUCCACCUCCUUCGACAGUAUCGAGCUCGACCAAGCGCAACUAAUCGACAAAAUAGACCAAGGAAACUGGUCUUGGGAAGAAAAUGGCAGUGAAAAACAUCAAGAAUGUAGGUAUACCGACAUGGAGCUGCUGUAUUUCGUAUCUCACAGACGACGCUUAACUAUACUGUUACAGGUCUUGCCGACGAUAGCAUUCUUCCUGACUUAAUGGAAGAAACGCCACAUCCGACUUUCGAGGAAGGAGAGCAAGUUGGGUUGGAGGAUGCAGAUCUCAUAAACACCAAUUCCAGCGCAUCAAAGUCGCUACAUGAGUAGACAACAGCUAUUUGAUUAUUAGUUAACUUAACGGCAAGGAUGACUUUCGGUUUAAACGCCCCCCCCCCCCGCAUAUGUAAUAUACAAUUGAUCACCAGUUUGAAUGACAAGUUAGCGUUUUGGCAAAGCAACAAUAAAAAAUAAAUUCGUUGACCCGAACAGCAAAAGCUAUCCAGCACAUUUAUGAAUUAGUAACAACGACGACUGCAGAAAAAAAGGAUUGGAAAAGUCGUUGAAACACCUGAAUCAUUUACAAGGUAUACAAUAUGACUAGUGUAUUAAAGACUUAGCCUCUUC